CAUUAACCAAACAAGUGUUGACGGUACCUUUAACCUGCAGAAAAAAAGGCAGUGGCUAAGAAGCAGUGGGAGGGUUUGACGGCUGCUCCUUCCAGCUCGGACUGCACCUCGCACAGCCGCGCAGUAAGAAUUUUGUGCCAUGGCAUCUCCACUGAAGAGUCUGGUUAAUGAUGAUAGCAGGUACCAGAAGGCCUUCCAUCUUUUUCUGGAGCGCUCCUCGGAACAUCAGUGCAUGCAGGACUUCAUCCACAAAGUCCUGCCAGACAUAUUGGCCAGCAUCGGAAAUGGGAAGUCCCACCUUAACGUCAUAGGAGUUGGGAGCGGCGACGGACACAUCGACCUGGAGAUGUUCUCCGAGCUGCGUCUGAAGCACCCAGGGGUGACGGUGGAUCACCAGGUGGUGGAACCCAGCAGCCAGCAGCUUUACAGCUACAAAGUGUUGGUGGCGCAGAGGUCCGAUUUAGGUUACAUCACCUUCAACUGGAACAAGAUGACCUCAUCGGAGUUUGAGGAUCAAUGGAAGUCAAAGCAGAUGACGAAGAAGGCGGACUUCAUCCACAUGGUUCAGAUGCUCUACUACGUGGCGGACAUUGAAGCCACCAUCAGAUUCUUCCGGAGUCUCCUUGACAAGAACGGGAAGCUUCUCAUUAUUCUGGUGUCUGGUGACAGCGGCUGGGGAACUCUGUGGAGGACUUUCCGUAGUCAGUUGUGCGCCUGUGAAAUAAGUCAGUGUGUGACCACGGCGGACGUCAAAGUCUUCUUGGACUCGGUGGGAGCCAAGUACACCAGCUACGCGCUGCCUUCUCAGAUGGACAUCACCGAGUGUUUCGCAGAGGGCGACGAGAACGGCGAGCUUUUGCUCGAUUUCCUCACGGAGGUGGAUCGCUUCGGUCACACGGCGCCGCCGCAACUCAAGGCUGACGUGUUGAAGUUGCUGCGAGACCCCGCCUGCUCCCGGGAGUCCAAUGGGAGGGUUAUCUUCAAUAACACCCUGGAGGUGGUCGUUGUGGAUCCACCCACAUAAGAGGGUAAAUGUACGGACUGUAAAACAUCAAAUACUAAUUGAAUUUUGUAAUUCCUCCAACUAUUUCUAUUCAGUUGUAAUAUU